GACUCGGAGGGCAACACCCAGCAGACGUCCUGGUGGCAAGGACGCCACUCGGGGAUCGUCGACUUCACGAACCCCGCGGCGGCCGAGUGGUGGAGUGCGAGGCUCCUGAAGCUGCGUCAGGAGACCGGUCUCGACAGCUACAAGUUCGACGCCGGGGAAGCUUCGUGGCUGCCGGAGAUCUUCACGCUCGGGGUCGACGAGAAGUUCUGGCCCAAUGCCUACACGUUUAAGUACGUCGAGACGGUGGCACAGUUCGGUGGCAUGAUCGAAACCCGCGUCGGACGUGGCACUCAGAGGCACCCUGUUUUCGUGCGGAUGCUGGACAAGGAUUCCAUCUGGGGAGACUAUAAUGGCCUGCAGACGAUGGUGCCGUCGCUUCUGCAUUUUGGUCUCCUUGGCUACCCGUUCGUCUUGCCUGACAUGAUCGGAGGCAACGCAUAUGUUAUCAAACCGAGCGCAGAAUUGUUCAUACGCUGGGCUCAGGCGAACACUUUCAUGCCGAGUCUCCAGUUUUCUUUGCUGCCUUGGGACUUCGAUGAUGAGCAGGUAACGGAACUGACCCGCGCUGUGACGGCCCUUCACGCUCAGCACACGCCCUACCUCCUCGAACUAGCGUCACAGACUAACCUCGCCCCUGCCCCCAUGCUGAGGCCGACGUGGUGGCUCUGUCCCACCGAUGAGGACUGUCUCAUGGCCGAUCAGCAGUUCCUGGUCGGCGACGACAUCCUGGCCGCCCCCGUGGUACACAAGGGAGCGACCGAGUUGAAGGUCGUGCUUCCCCCGGGCCAAUGGCGCAGGGCUGACACGGGUGUGGUGUUCACAGGGCCUGCUUCUGUGUCUUUGUCUGGCAUUACGUUGGAGAGCAAUAUAUACUUUACGCGAGUGUGAGGGGCGGGUUGGUUAUGCGCUAUCUAUCUAUCUGUCUGUCUUUCCUUUCAUCUUUUUCUUUUUUCUUUUCGGUACGGUUGUCGGAGGUUAUUAUUGAGGAUGGUACGCUGAAGGAAUAAAGAAUAAUGACAGUGGG